AUGAAUCGGACUACCCGCUUUUUUCGGCAGCUUUCUACAGGCUCGCCGGCUGCAAAAUACGAUGCGGUGAUCGUCGGGGGUGGCCACAAUGGAUUGACAGCGGCGGCAUAUCUAGCAAAAGCCGGGAAGAAAGUUUGCGUCCUUGAGCGUCGCCAUGUUUUGGGCGGCGCGGCUGUAACAGAAGAGAUUGUUCCCGGCUUCAAGUUUUCGCGCGCCUCUUAUGUGCUCUCAUUGCUGAGGCCAGUCGUCAUCAAUGAGCUAAACCUGAAGGAGCACGGGCUGCGCUACCAUCUGCGUGAGCCGCACUCAUUUACCCCGAUCCGCGACUCGAAGGACAGCUUGCUGCUUGGCGGCGAUAUGGCGAAGAACCAGGCGGAAAUUGGGAAAUUUUCAAAGAAAGAUGCUGAGAACUACCCAAAAUACGAGCACAUGAUCGCACGAAUUGCGCAAGCCGUCGAGGGAAUCAUGGACGAAGAGCCGUUGCCGAUGGACAAGUCGCUCUCCAAGAACUGGCGUCAACUCUAUAGCCUAUAUAAAAGAAUGAAGCCGAUCGGUAUGGAAAACGCGGUAGAAUUCUAUGAGCUAAUGACAGCACCGAUUGCCAAGGUGAUGGAACGAUGGUUUGAGACACCGGCUCUGCAGGCCACCAUCGCCACAGAUGGCGUGAUCGGCUUUGCAGCGUCGCCGUAUGACCACGGCACUGGAUACGUUCUACUCCACCAUGUCAUGGGAGGACUUGACGGUCGUGCCGGAGCCUGGGGAUACGUCUACGGCGGAAUGGGUGCCGUCAGCGACGCCAUUGCGUCGGCAGCGCGAGCCGCCGGCGCCGAGCUGUACACCGAGAAGGAGGUAUCCUCGAUCUUGAUCGACAAUGGUCGUGCUCGAGGCGUCCGCCUGGCUGGCGGUGCUGAGAUCCAUGCGGAUGUUGUUUUGUCAAAUUGUACGCCGAAAGUGACGUUCUGCGACCUUAUCGCCGAGUCAGCUCUCCCCACCAAAUUCCUGAAGUCCGUCAAGCAAAUCGACUACACGUCACCGGUCACCAAGAUCAACGUAGCGCUGAAGGAGUUGCCCAACUUCACUGCUCGACCUCACAGCGGCUCGGCUCCGGCUCCGCACCACCAGACGACCGUCCAUCUCAACAGCGAGCACAUGGGGCUUGUCGACGAGGGGUACAACGAGUACCGCGCCGGAAAAUGGAGCUCACACCCAGUGCUGGAGAUGACCAUUCCCUCAUCGGUUGACGACACGCUGGUGAAGGGCGACGGCCACGUGGCGCUCCUCUUUACGCAAUAUACGCCCUAUACGCCGGCUGAGGGCCCGUGGACUGACGAAAUGAAGGAACGGUACGCAAAGCAUGUGUUCGCUGAAAUCGACGCGUACGCGCCCAAUUUCUCGUCGUCCGUGGUCGGAUACGAGGUGCUGACGCCGCCGACGCUGGAGAAGACGUUUGGGCUGACGGGCGGGAACAUUUUCCACGGGUCGAUGGCGUUGGACCAGCUAUAUUUCGCGCGACCAGUCAACGGCUCGGCCAACUACGCGACUCCCAUCAACGGGCUGUUCAUGUGCGGAAGUGGCACACAUCCAGGCGGCGGCGUGACGGGCGCACCAGGGCGUCUUGGGGCACAUGCGGCGUUGCGCACAUUU